CCUGGAGACAUUUCAAGUUUGCAGAUAAGAGGUUCUCCUCCCUGUAGUGCCUGUCGUGAUGAUUUCCAGAACGAGUUCUCUGGAAUGUUUUGAUGAAGGGAACGCUAAAAGUUUCAGAUCACUGCAGUCUUCACCGUAGCCAGCAACUUGUACUUGAGGAUCCUGGAAAUACUUUCAAAGAGCGGGAAAUACUUAAGGUUGCUGACCACUUGCCAGACUUCCUCUCCAAGCUGUUUAAAUGAGAAUGUCCCUGGCACAAAGAGUACUACUGACAUGGCUUUUUACAUUACUCUUCCUCAUCAUGCUGGUGCUGAAGUUGGAUGAGAAAGCACCAUGGAACUGGUUCCUCAUUUUCAUUCCAGUCUGGAUAUUUGAUACUAUUCUUUUAGUUAUGUUAAUUGUAAAGAUGGCUGGACGUUGCAAGUCUGGCUUUGACCCUCGCAACGGCUCCCAGAACAUCAAGAAGAAAACUUGGUAUCUCAUUGCAAUGCUGCUUAAAUUGGCCUUCUGCCUCGCCCUCUGUGCUAAGCUGCAGCAAUUCACCACGAUGAAAUUAGCCUAUGUAUUUAUCCCAUUGUGGGCCUUGCUUAUUGGGGGUAUGAUUGAACUUGGAUACAAUAUUUUUUACGUAAGAAGAGACUAAGCUGUGUGUGGCUCUCCACUUGGAGAUUUGGUACUGAUUUGCUGGAUUAUUAGUUCUGCCACAAACGUGGUCCCUAAGCCAGAAUGCCACCUAAGGAAACACUCUGGAGACGUGACCUAUGCCAGGCUGAAGACCAGAAGUAGACUUGUACCAUUUUUUAUUUUCAAAUGGUCAUGUAAAUAAAAGCAUUUGUUCCAGA